AUGGCAACUAUCUACAACUUCGAUAUCGAAAGGGCAGGCGAAAUCAACAUCGAUGCACCACUUGGAUCACCGAAGCCUCGACCGCCUAUUAAGAGACGGCGGGAAGAGCGUCUAGAUGACCUUGAACAUAACUUCCUCACUCCUCUCGACCAGUUUCCAGUAGAAUGGUUAAAUAAUCUACAAGAGCGAUGGGAGGACCCUCCGGAUUACUAUUCCCUCUUUGCACUGUCUUCUACCAUGACAAGGACUGUUAUUCGAUUUACACGCGAAGGCCUAGAAGGCCGUGUCACUGGGUACAAGGAGGUAUCCGUCCCAGCCCAGUCUAUCAACGCUAAGAACUCUACGUCCUUGUUACGGAAACCAGGAACUAGGGCCGAUUUUGUUCGUGGAAAAGCUGGUUUCUUUCCUUUCGCGCCGGGAGGUCUAGAAGUUGGAUCGUCGAAUGAAGUAUCAGAAGAUCUCGCUGCUGUUGAGUUUGCCCAAGAUUCGCUCUACGGGAGAGAUGGCAUGCUGCAAAUCGCCCCUGGGUUGUUACGAGGGUUGGGCGUAGAAGGCGACGGUGAGCCAGACGAGGAUGAAGACGAUGAUGGAUUCCAAUUUGGAGAUGUUAAGCCAAUCCGGCAACUGAAAGACGUACUCGGAUCGAAUGAGCGACGAGUGCAAUCUACAGUCGCUAUAUCUGAACUAGAAGGUAUCGACGACCUACUGCCAGUCGAAUUCCCACUUCUUGCCCCGCGAGGCCAACUUGCUCCCUCAUCCGCCGUAUCACGUGGCAAAGAGUGGGCUCAUAUGGUUGACAUCAACCAAGAUUUGACCAACUUUAAAGAACUUGUGCCCAACAUGGCUCGGGAAUGGACUUUUGAGCUUGACAACUUUCAGAAAGAAGCGGUUUACCAUCUUGAAAACGGAGAUUCAGUCUUCGUUGCGGCACAUACCUCGGCUGGAAAAACCGUCGUCGCUGAGUAUGCUAUUGCACUAGCCGCCAAGCAUAUGACAAAGGCAAUAUACACCUCACCUAUCAAGGCACUGAGCAACCAAAAGUUCCGAGACUUCAGGAAUAUAUUCGAUGACGUUGGGAUUUUGACCGGUGAUGUGCAAAUCAACCCAGAGGCUAGUUGUCUAAUAAUGACAACGGAAAUUCUACGCAGCAUGCUCUACCGUGGAGCUGACCUCAUCCGAGACGUUGAAUUUGUUAUUUUUGAUGAGGUUCACUAUGUUAAUGAUCAAGAAAGGGGUGUGGUUUGGGAAGAAGUCAUUAUCAUGCUCCCAGAUCACGUGAAUCUUAUUUUGCUAUCCGCGACUGUUCCGAACACACAGGAAUUUGCAAGCUGGGUUGGACGGACAAAAAAGAAGGACAUAUAUGUCAUAUCUACCCCGAAGCGCCCAGUACCUUUGGAGCAUUAUCUGUGGGCUGGAAAGAAGAUGCAUAAGAUUGUCGACCAGAACAAGAAGUUUUUGGAGACCGGACUUAGAGACGCCAACGAGGCAAUGUCUGGGAAGAAAGACGAGAGACCGAACCAAUCGGUGCCUACUCGCGGAAACAUUUCCCAGAGAGGUGGUCAGAGGGGCGGUCCAAAUCACCGUGGAAGCCAAUCCGCCCGUGGAGGAAGGGGUGGGAAUGUUAUGCGCGGGGCUAGCGGAGCGGCGUCUUUCAACCGUGGGGGUAGGGGGGGUAGAACUACGGCGAACCAAGACAAGAAUCUCUGGGUCCAUUUAGUCCAACAUUUAAAAAAAGAGGAUCUUCUUCCAGGCUGCAUAUUCGUUUUCUCCAAGAAAAGAUGCGAAGAAAACGCCGACGCUCUCUCAAACCUAGACUAUUGCACAGCCAAUGAAAAAAGCGCCAUUCAUAUGAUUGUGGAAAAGUCGAUAGCUAGGUUACGAAUCGAAGACAGGCAACUGCCUCAAAUCCGCCGCUUGAGAGAUCUCCUCUCUAGGGGAAUCGCGGUCCACCAUGGAGGCUUGCUACCAAUUGUCAAAGAAAUGGUCGAAAUCCUCUUCGCGAAAUCAUUAGUAAAGGUUCUAUUUGCCACGGAAACUUUUGCCAUGGGAUUAAACCUUCCUACACGUACGGUGGUAUUCUCGGGAAUCAGAAAACACGAUGGAAGAUCGUUUAGGGACCUUCUUUCCGGAGAAUACAUUCAAAUGGCGGGCCGAGCCGGCCGAAGGGGUUUGGAUAGUUCCGGGACAGUAAUCAUAGUUGGCAACGGAGAUGAAGCCCCGCCGGCAGGCACCCUUAAGACUAUGAUCCUCGGACAGCCGACAAAGUUACAGAGCCAAUUUCGCCUCACUUAUAACAUGAUAUUAAAUUUACUGCGUGUGGAGGCCCUCAAGAUUGAAGAGAUGAUCAAGAGAAGUUUCAGUGAAAACGCUACACAAACACUACUUCCCGAGCACCAGAAAAUGGUUACAGCGAACGAGGAAGGUCUCAAGAAACUUAUAAGAGAGGAUUGUAUCUACUGCAACGAAGACCUGGAUACACUUCACGAGGCAGGGAUAACAUACAAGAAGCUGACACAGGAAUUACAUACGCUAGCUCUCAAGAACCCCCAAGGGAAACGGAUGUACUGUUCUGGAAGAGUUAUUAUACUUCAAGAUAAAGAUAGUACCAGAACUAUCGGCGUCUUGAUACGGCCCUCGCAAACUACGGGUGCGGAUCCCGUUAUCCAGAUUCUGAAGCUCACCGGGGGCAAUGAUCAAAAGAUACCAGGCGAUGCUGUCCCCUUCAACCCCCUUUUCGCCCCUGUAAUUCGACAGGUGGCAGGUGAUAAGGUUAAAAUCAAGGAGACAGCGGUGCCACUCUCACAAAUAGAAUAUAUAUCGAAAACUGUUGUCGAUGCGCGCAUUACAGAGGCCCGAACAGGGAAGGCGGCCGUCGUAAAACAAUUGCUACAAGAACUGAAAGAACUGGGUCAGGGCCUCGACGACUCUGCAUGGACAGAAAAUGAUUGGACAAAAAUCAGAGACAUGCGGUUCCAGGAAGUGAUGAAAGGGCGAAAAGCCGAAUUGCAAAAGAUUAAAAAAUGCAAGAGCUUAAGCUGCCCAAAAUUCGCAAAACAUUUCCGGGCUAGGAAUGAAGAAUACAAACUCCAGGAGAAAAUAAAAAACCUCAAACAACUCAUUUCCGAUCAAAAUCUCCAACUGUUGCCGGACUACGAGCAACGAGUCAGAGUAUUAAAACAACUGGACUUCAUUGAUGAAAGUUCACGGGUCCAGCUGAAAGGGAGAGUUGCAUGCGAGAUAAACUCUGCGAAUGAAUUAGUACUAACAGAACUCAUCCUCGAGAAUACACUUGCUGACUUUGAACCGGAGGAAAUGGUAGCGCUGUUGUCUGCUUUUGUUUUCCAGGAGAAAACAGACACAGUCCCGGUAGUACCACCGAAGCUUGAGCGAGGGAAAGAGAAAAUAUUGGAGAUUGCCAAACGAGUCAAUGAGAUACAGUCCGAGCACCAGGUUCUAAUCAACGCCGAGACGGACGAUUUCGAAGGGCGUCCACGAUUCGGUCUCAUGGAAGUGGUCUACGAAUGGGCAAAGGGGAUGAGUUUCGAGCGGAUUACAGAUCUGACAGACGUUCUGGAGGGCACCAUUGUUCGGGUGAUUACACGAUUGGACGAAACAUGCAGAGAGGUCCGAAAUGCAGCCAGAAUCAUUGGGGACCCGGCGCUGUAUCAAAAAGCGGAGAAGUGCCAGGAGAUUAUUCGGAGGGACAUUAUAUCAUGCGGCUCUCUCUACUUCUAG